AUGCCGAUAAUUCCACAUGACCCUACAGAGCUCUUGAUGCAUAGCCACCAUACACUCCCUAAGAACUGCAAAAAAUACUGGGACCACCGCUACCUUCUCUUCUCCAAGUUUGACGAAGGCGUGUACAUGAAUUCGGAGCUAUGGUACUCUGUGACGCCAGAAAAUAUCGCCUUAUUUCUAGCCAAGCUCUUCUACUACUGCUAUCCCGAAGCGGAAACAAUAAUGGAUGUGUUCAGCGGCGGCGGCGGCAACACCAUCCAGUUUGCGCGAUACUUCCCCAAAGUACUAGCCUUGGAGCGAAACGGAACCAACAUCUUUUGUACCCAGAACAACACCCGGGUCUAUGGCGUUCAAGAAAAAGUCUCAUUCAUCCAUGCAGACUGGGUCGAGUUCGCUCAGCAACAGGAAGAGAUCAAGAGGCUUUCGUCCACUGUGGACAUCAUUUUCAGCUCCCCGCCGUGGGGCGGACCGGGUUAUGUCAAAAACAAGACCUUUGACUUGGAUUUGCUACAACCAGCACCUUUGAAAGCUAUCCUACAGACAUUUUUAAGGAUCACCAACCAUGUCGGGUUGUUUUUACCGCGAAACUCCAACCUCGACCAGCUCGCAGAGGCGACACGAGAAUUGCUCGGUGAGGAGGCCCGCUGUCGCGUGGUUUACGUCAAUUUGCAGGGUUACUGUAAGGGGAUCGUAGCUCUCUGGGGCCCAAAAUUUAUGACUUCAGAGCAAGAGACCAAUGGAGGAGCCGAAGAGCUUCCAUACUAA